GGUUUCCCAGGACCUGGCCUCACCGUUCUCCUCCUGGGCCGCUUCCCAGGCGGGCCCCGAGAGCGUCCUCGGUGCUGUAGCCGGCCCGUUCGCGUAGGAGUCGGGGCUGCACGUGUCCCCCCCAGGAGGCUCCUGGUUCCGAGGCGGGGGGAAUCCCCGCGAGAGGGCGCCAGGCAGGGCAGGCUCAGCCCAGCCGCCCCCGAGGGAGGGGCCGUGGAGCGAAUUAAUAAUGCCUCACAUGAUCUAAAGACUUGGAGUGUGCUUUCUGGCGAUCUGAUGCACAAAGGGAAAAUGGAGGAAGAUGUGAAGUUACAGAGAGAGAAUGAGAAGUUGAAAGUUAAAGCAGAUGCUUCUCCUGAGAUCAGCCGUCUGAUUUCAGUUAGUGAGUUCUCUUGCCACUGCUGUUAUGAUAUUCUGGUGAAUCCCACCACCUUGAACUGUGGUCAUAGUUUCUGUCGACAUUGCCUAGCCUUGUGGUGGGUAUCCUCUAAGAAGAAUGAGUGUCCAGAAUGCAGAGAAAAGUGGGAAGGAUUCCCCAAGGUCAACAUCCUCCUCAGGGAUGCUAUUGAAAAGCUAUUUCCUGAUGACAUUGAACAGAGAAAAGAAGACAUUCAGCAAAACAGUGAUGUAGCUCACAGCCUUGAAGCCUUCCAAAAACAUGGAAAUGAUCAGACUUUCUCACCUCCAAAUGUGAGAAGAAUUAAUCCUCAAGGAGGGGGUUUUUUCUCUGGAGUUCUGACAGCUUUAACUUGUGUGGCAGUGGUUUUGCUUGGGUAUCAUUGGAGCAGCAGAGAAUAUGAAGAUGAUCUUCUUGUCCACAAACCUGUUGCUAAAUGGACUCCUGAAGAGGUGAUUCUUUGGCUAGAACAGCUGGGUCCUUGGGCUUCCCUGUACAGAGAGAGAUUUUUAUUAGUGAAUGGAAGGCUUCUACUAACAAUAACAGACGAAGAUUUCACAAAAACUCCUUAUCAUAUAGAGAACAGUAGCCAUAGAAAAGCCAUCAUAAUGGAAUUGGAACGUGUGAAAACAUUGGGAGUUAAACCACCACAGAACCUUUGGGAAUACAAGGCAGUAAAUCCAGGAAAGUCACUGUUCCUACUAUAUGCACUAAAGAGCUCUCCAAGACUCAGUAUGUUAUAUCUAUACUUGUUUGAUUACACAGAAAUAUUUCUACCGUUCAUCUACACAGUAUGCCCUGUGCAAGAAGAUGAAUAUGAAGAUACUAUCACAAAACUAUUAGACCUUAAGGAUCCUACUUGGAAACAGUGGAGAGAAUUCAUUGUUAAGUACUCAUUUUUGCCAUAUCAGUUAAUAGCUGAAUUUGCUUGGGAUUGGUUGGAGAUACACUAUUGGACAUCACGAUUUAUAAUUGUUAAUGCCAUGUUGCUCUCUGUUCUGGAGUUAUUCUUCUUGUGGAGGCUCUGGUCAAGAAGGGAACUGAAGACUAUUCCUCAAAGAAUGUGGAGCCAUUUCUGGAAAGUGUCAACCCAGGGUCUUUUUGUUGCUGUCUUUUGGCCCAUUAUUCCUCAGUUUGUCUGCAACUGUCUGUUUUACUGGGCCUUGUACUUUAACCCAAUUAUAAAUAUUGAUCUUGUGGUAAAAGAAGUACGACGUCUAGAAACACAAGUGCUGUGAUUUGACAUUGAAUCUUUUUCUUAGGAAUUGAAUACCUAAGCUGUCCAAAUGUCUGAAGUCAGACAUCUGAAAGGAAAACACAUUGCUUUCUUUGCUUGCUUCCUUUGUGGUGAAUGGGAAAAAAUGCUCAUUUUGUUAAUUUAAAAAAAAAUUGCCUUGAGGUAAGUGCAUUUUGAAGCAAUAGGUACCAUAACCCUAAAGGUAGGCUUUGUUUUAUGUACCAUAAAUAAGAAGGAU